AUGCGUCUCAUGGUCGGCGAUGUUGAAAGCAAACCCAUUCAAUGCUGGGUGCCACCGGAAUUUACUCGUGCUUGGGAAGAGUACACAGAAAAUUACUGUUGGGUUUCCAACACCUACUUCCUCCUCCCCAGUGAAGACAUUCCGGCCGAAGACCACGAGUUGAAGAGUGCCAAAUUUAUUGGUUACUAUCAGUGGAUGUCCAUCGUUUUGGCCGGUCAAGCCAUGAUGUCCUGGGUGCCGCACCUUUUAUGGCGGGUGGGCUCCCGUCGGCUACCUUUACUUCUCAAGUCGGCAAAGGAGGCCUCAAUCCCGGACAGAGAGCUGCGCCUCAAGGCUGUGUCAUGUCUGGUGGCUACACUGGAGGAGCAAGCUGAAUCUCAAUCCCGUUUCCGGCGUAUGAAGUCCUUUGUCAAUCGUUGCCUCUGCGGCAUAGCUCCCAACUCUCGACUAACAGUCCUCUUCCUCUUUGUACGUAUGCUGUUCCUUGCAAACUCUGUUGGUCAGAUCUACCUGAUGAAAUCAUUCACUGGCUUCAACAGUACGCUUUUCGGCCUCAAUCUCCUCAAGGAUUUGACCAAGGGCGAAGACUGGGAUAACAGCGGCCACUUCCCGCGCGUCACGUACUGCAACAUUAAAGUUCGCGUAAUGGGCCAGCCAAGACCAGCCAGUUACUCAAUCCAGUGCGUACUGCCAAUCAACAAUUUUGUGGAAAAAAUCUACAUAUUCCUAUGGUUUUGGUUCGUCAUUCUCUGUUGUCUGACUACCAUGAACACUAUUCAAUGGACAAUUAACACGGCCUUGCCUAUGAGACGUGUUUACUACAUUAAGCAGUACCUGAAAGCCCUCCGUCUCAUAUCCAGCACGGAGGAGCGUGACUGUACAAGGUUCGUGAAUAACAGCUUGGGCGCAGAUGGCAUUUUUAUCCUACAAAUUGUCUCAAAAGUUGCCAGUGAUCUCAUUGCAUUGGACGUUACCGCAACUCUGUGGAAGAAUUACCGUCGAGCCAAGAUCACGGGCACCGAGGAGGACGUCAAUCGUCUCCUCGAGACAGUCAAUCGUGGCUCAAGCGCAGUCUAG